GGGUCACAUGCUUCGGCGGUGAACCACGGCCGUAAAAUACAAUCAUCAUCAUCAUCAUCAUCCAAGAACGUUUGACGCUUACGCUACUGCGCUGGGCGCCUGAUAUCUCGUAUCCGUGCCACCGUGGGUGUAUGUACCUACCUUAAGACGCAAGGCUAAGCUAGCCGCCAGGUGAACGAUCGAGAAGCUUCUAGAGUAGUCCGUACGGCAUCCCUCUAGUAGAGACGCAGGCCGACUCACCUUCCCCGCAUGUCUUGAUGCAUAAAUGUCCCCAUGAACCCAAGUCUCUAAUCCUUCAUUUUCAUUCCCUUCGCAAGACACAAGAAUGGCAUCUUCAAAUUCAGGUUCGUGCCUCUGCGGAGCUGUGCAGUACCGAAUCACCGGUGAUCCAGGCCAAUUUUUCGUCUGCCACUGUGACAACUGUCAAAAAGUAUCAGGGUCGGCUUUUAUGGCGAAUUGCUGGUAUAUAAAAGACCAAGUCCAGAUAACUCAAGGCCAAGAGUCCGUCAAGACUUACCAUGACAAAGCCACCAGUUCAGGCACAGGUUUGAAACGCUCGUUUUGCGAAACUUGUGGAUCCAGCCUUUUCGUCCAAAGUGACAAGCCGGAGGGGUUACAAUAUAUCUCCGUGGCGAGCGGGACCAUCAACAACCGCGCAAGUUUGCAUCCCACGGUGGAGGUGUGGGAGUCGUGCCGACGUCCUUGGCUUUCUCCUAUUGAGGGGACUAAGGCGAUGGACACGCAGGGAAAUUUAAUUGAAAAAUGAUUCUUGUAUUCGGUUUAGGACCAUGUAUUACAGGCUGAGGUAUGCCUUCUCUCUUGUAAGGGGUAGGUUAAACUUCUAUGAUACCAACUAGAGAAGAAUGCGGCAUAGCUAUGCUUAGUACCGUCUAUGUUUCUCAGAUUAGGAACUUACUGUAUUCUAAGUCAGAGAAUUAUAUUUUUAAUAAACAUGUUAGAGAGAA